UAACCCGCCAUCCACGCCCAUACUGUACAACGCUGUAUUAGGCAGGAUACCGUUAGGCACUGUGGCGAGUGCGGUUCGAAGAAAGUGGAGAACUGAGGGAAAGAAAGAGGGAGUGAUUGGGAUGCUACAAUAACAGACAGACAUACAACGAGAGGACACGACACAGCGUGUUUGUUGGGCUACACGGAGAGAGGAGAGGACAAAAUAACCGAACCGAGAGAGAAGAGAGCUAGUGGCGGUCUGGGUUUGGCAACCGGCUUGUUCGUUGUUCCCUCGAGCCAGCUGCAGCAGGCAGCACCGUGCAAAAUGCGCUAUUUACGGUUCCUCAUUCCUGCGUUCGGUUCGACAAUGGACUCGUUCUGCAACUGAGCCUGCCAACCUUGCAGCACACCGCGGACGGUAACCUACCCAUUUGAGGAAACGUUUACUGCAACGUGCAGUAAAACGAACACACAGAUGUUUUUUCACAAGAUACAGUGAAGGGGAUCCCCACCGCUUUCUACAUACCGGUUUUGGAUUAGAAAUCCGGGAUUAGAAGAAGUUCGGUCGGGAUGGGGAAGGAACAAGAACUACUAGAAGCGGCCCGGACCGGGAAUGUGGUCCUGGUGGAGAAAUUACUGAGUGGGAAAAGGGGAAUCCUGGGGACAGCCUCGGGCUCCAUACCUCUGCCAAACCUACUGAGCAUGUGGAGAGGCUUGAAUGUGAACUGUGCAGACAGUUCAGGGUACACACCCCUCCACCACGCAUCACUGAACGGACACAGGGACGUGGUGUUGAAGUUGCUCCAGUUUGAAGCCUCCACCAAUGUGGCUGACAGUAAGGGCUGCUUCCCGUUGCACCUGGCCGCCUGGCGCGGGGACGUAGACAUCGUCCGUAUCCUCGUCCACCACGGGCCCUCACACUGCCGCGUCAACCAGCAGAACCAUGAGAGGGAGACAGCGCUGCACUGUGCGGCCCAGUACGGCCACUCUGAGGUGGUGUCCAUCCUACUGCAGGAGCUGACAGACCCCACCAUGAGGAACAGCCGCGACGAGACGCCCCUGGACCUGGCCGCGCUCUACGGACGACUUCAGGUGGUCUGUAUGUUGGUGACCGCCCACCCCAACCUGAUGAGCAGCCAUGGGACAAGGCGCCACACACCCCUGCACCUGGCCGCCCGCAACGGGCACCACUCAGCCGUGCACACCCUGCUGGAGGCCGGCAUGGACGUCAACUCCCAGACGGAGAAUGGCAGUGCUCUCCACGAGGCAGCUCUCUAUGGGAAGAUGGAUGUGGUUCGUCUGCUGCUAGACUCAGGUAUUGAUGCCAACAUCACAGACUGCCAGGGAAGAACAGCUCUGGAGAUCCUCAGAGAACACCCCGCACAGAAGUCCCAGCAAAUCACUGCACUCAUGCAAGAAUAUAUGAUGGAGGAGAUGAUGGACAAUAAGUGUGUGUUGAUGGAGGAACCUAUUCGCCAGUGUCCUGUCCCCACACCUCGCACUUCCAUCCCCUCUCUCUCCGCCUCCCCCUCCCUCAGACACAAAAAUGAUGCUGUGACAGGGGAGCUCUCCAAGCUGCUGAAUGAGAUGAAGAUGUGUCGGGACAGAGACUACUCCUUUGAGGAGCUCUGCCAGACCAUCUCAUCCCACUCUCAUUCCAUGGAGAGCUUUGGCAGCGGUCACCUAUCAGACGAGGAGCGACGCAGUAACGGCACCCUGAGCAGAGUCAGAAAGCGGCCCACUCCCCCACUUCCCCCGGCCCAGGAGGAAGAGGAGGGGGAGAAGAGCUGUGGCCCCGCUGGGUUCUGGGAGGCCCUCACACCUUGCAACGGUUGUCACAACCUGGGCUUCUCCAGCCUGUCACAGGACUCGAAGCGUUCGGCGGAGAUCGUACCAUCGCCCUCCCUUGACGUGUUCUUACCGGAGGAUGAGGACAAUCCAUAUGAGUCCGUCACCACCGCCGUGACCCGCAAGCCCUGCUCGCUGGACAUCGGCCUCUUCAACACCUGCCCCCUCAACGGCCACUCUCCCCAGGUGACGGUGACUGAGCCGGAGCUGUGUAACCAUAGGAACAGCUCCUCACCGACAGGGCCUACUCCAGACUGCUCUCCCCCUUCCCCAGACACUGCCCUGAAGAGCAUUGACAGAGUCAUCCGCCCACAGCCCAAACAGCGGACCUCCCUCUCCUCCUCCCUGGAUGUCCAGAACCAGAGGCCAGUCAACCACAGCUGUGAUCCCUCCGAGGUGAGCUCGUCCCUGGGCUACGCCAGCAUCAGCACCAGCCCCCCUGCCAGCCCGCCAGUCAGCCCCAACCAGGACUUGCCCGGCUCCAACGACGACUGCCCCCUCACAGGUACCCAGGGACAGAUUUUGGACAUAGCACGACUUGUAGAGAACGAGGGAUCAUGCCAGGUCCAUUUAUAUAGCUUUUUGAUGAUUACCAGACCCCAACCCCAACCCCCAUCCUCCAACUCCCCCAUCCAUCCUACCAUCCUCCCCUUCUCUUUCCCCUCUCCUCCACACUCUUCCUCUACUAUGGCGAGCUCGUUCGACAGCCACAUUGCCCGCAACAUGAUGUGGCAGUGCCAGCUCUCCCAGCCCGACUGCCGGUGUUACCGGGUGGAUGGCUACUCCCUCCUGAAGCGUCUGCCCCUUCACCCCCUCAUAGGUCCCCGGUGCCCCAUGCAGUCUGUAGGCCAAUGGCUGGACAGCAUUGGACUGGUCCAAUACGAGAACCACCUACUGGCCAAUGGCUUCGACAACGUGCAGUUUAUGGGCAGUAACGUGGUGGAGGACCAGGACCUGCUGGAGAUCGGGAUCCUCAACUCAGCCCACAGACAGAGGCUGCUACAGGCCAUACGCCUACUGCCCAGGGUGCGUCCUAUUGGCUAUGACGGUAACAACCCCACGUCAGUGGCUGAGUGGCUGGAGUCUCUGGAGCUGGGAGACUACACUAAGUCCUUCCUCAUCAACGGAUACACCUCCAUGGAACUGGUCAAGAAGAUCUGGGAGAUAGAACUCAUCAAUGUCUUGAAGGUCAGUCUGAUAGGACACAGGAAGAGAAUUCUGGCCUCGCUGGGAGACAGGCUUCACCAAGACCCUCCACAGAAACCCCCACGGGCCAUCUCCCUACGGGAGCCCGGUGGCUGCAACACCCCUCCCCAGAUCCUUCCGGGCCAGGCUGCGUACACCACGGCGGGCGUCCCGGGGGGCUCGUUGGACGUGCAGCACCUCAUCAUGCAGGCGGACGCACGGCGCCGCCAGCGCUCCAACGACAACUACUUAGAGGAGAUGCCUCGCUCCAAACUGGAGCGGCAGAUGGCCCAAGUCAGCAUGUCUCAUGAUGUUGGAGAAAGACCUUCUGCAAGAAAUGAUACUCAAGGCGAAUGGUGCGAGCCAAUCACGUUGCGUCCUCCCAACGAGGCCACCUCGUCCACUCCAGUGCAGUACUGGCAACACCACCCUGAGAAACUCAUCUUUCAGUCGUGUGACUAUGAAGCUUACUACCUGGGCUCCAUGCUGGUGAAGGAGCUGAGAGGAACAGAGUCAACACAAGACGCCUGCUCCAAGAUGAGGAAGUCUACAGAACAGAUGAAGAAAGUCCCGACCAUUGUUCUGUCCGUCUCCUACAAGGGAGUCAAGUUCAUCGACGCUACAAACAAGAACAUCAUAGCUGAGCAUGAGAUCCGUAACAUCUCAUGUGCGGCCCAGGAUCCUGAGGAUCUGUCCACGUUUGCCUACAUCACCAAAGACCUCAAGUCCAGCCACCACUACUGCCAUGUCUUCACUGCCUUCGACGUGAACCUGGCGUAUGAGAUCAUCCUGACCCUGGGCCAGGCCUUUGAGGUAGCCUACCAGCUGGCCCUGCAGGCCAGGAAGAGUGGCCAUGGCUCCUCCACGCUGCCAGAGAGCUUCGACAUCAAGCCCAACAAGCCCGUCCCCAAGCCCCGCGUCAACAUCCGCAAGUCUAUGGAGCAGCCAUCGAUGGAGCAGAAAGGUCAUGCCAACGUGCCGUGGAUAGUGGAACCAGGGCAGGAGGCCAAGAGAGGAGCGAACACCAAAGCAAAGCCAAUUCUCCAGCACUAGGUUUGCGUGCUGAUGUUUUGGGGGAUUUUGUUGUCCAGUACUGGCAACCCAGAGGAAAGUGGAGGGAACAUUUGUUUAUCAGUUCCAUCCAGUUGGAGAGGAUAAUGGACUGCUAUGAGAGAUGAUGUAGCAAAUGUUACUUUUCAACAACAAAAAAGUUGCUAGUUCAACAGACUCCUGUUUUAAUCAUAUAUCAGUCUUUGAUUUUUACUGCAGAUUAUUUUUUUUAGACAUAUGAGACUAAUUGACCUUUGACACAGGAAGGAAUAGUUUAUAAACCACACGCUAUACCUGUGUCCAGAUUGAAUUUGUUUAAAAUAGGUUAUUAUUAGAUUCAUCAUUUUCUUUCUAUACUUGUUUUGUUGGGAAAUGCUGAAAAGGUUUAGCUUGUGGCUUGUGAGGCUCAUGGAGUCCAUUUUGGACUGACUGGUGACGAGGGAGGGGCGGGGCCGGUGGAUAGGAGGCGGGGUUUGGGGACUCUGGAUAAGUGGUGUGAUCUCAUUUGCAGGGCAAUGCCGGACGCCCAUGUCUUUUACUGUGGAAUGCAAAGAAUGUAGCCAGCCUUAAACAUGGACCCUCUCACACACAAUGCAAAAAGGACUACAAAUGUGGACCCUUCUGUCUCUGUGUCAAAGGACUACUAACAUGGACACUAACGAACUUGGUGUUUAAGGUUGAUUACAAAACGAGGACAUCUUCCCACAAACCACAAACAUUGGACCCAUGGACUAUCUGUGUACACACACACACACACACACACACACACACACACACACACACACACACACACACACACACACACACACACACAGAGAGUUAAGGGACUGCUUAGUAACAGAUGUCAGUCAGAUAUGUGAAUGUAGACUUUCAUUGAAGCAGCCACAACUACAACUCUAGCCCCUGUUCUGCAUUCAAUUGGACCUUGACCUUUGAACUCUAUACCACGGUCACCCAAGGUCUGGACUGUAACGGACAACUGUCUGUAUUUGAAUGGGGAUGAGGUAAAGGACUUCUGGUUGGCUCUUUUCCUAUUGUUUAAGUUUUGUUUAAUGGUCAAUAAUACAAUAAUAUGGAUAGAAUUGGACUAGCCGUGCCAGACCACCAUGCAACAGGUGAGCCAUGUGCCAAGUGGCAUCACAAAGGAUGGCUCCGCCUACCUGAGCAAAACGCCAUCCAUCCCAAUGAAAGAAAUAUUCAUAUUAAUGCCGGACGUUUUAAAUGUUUCAUAUGAGAGUAUUAUAUUACCUUAUGAUUAUUCUUGUGCAAUUCUUGUCUACUCUUGUCUAAAUGUUACAUUAUUUUUAUAUGAUAUGCUGAAAUGAAAAAAUCUGGGCUUGAGAAUGAUUGCCAUCCUUUAAAAAAAAUACCAUAAUAGUUCUAUACUGAGAGUGAAUGUUUCAGAUGGCUCCUCCUUAUUAUUAAUAAUAAUAGCUAUUAUUAUUAUUAUUAUUGGUGUGUCCGGUCAACACACCAAUCUGUUUCUCAUGGGGCUAGACUCAUAACUCCAAGCAGAUGUAAUAUUUUACCACAGUAUUUAUGUAUUCUUUGGAUGCAUACAUAGUCCUCUCUAAAUGUACAUAGAUAUUUUGCCAGCUCAUUGUUCAUACAUGUAAUGUAGUAAAACAUUUACAAAAAUAAAGGAAUCAAAUAUUUGCCCCACAUCGCACUGGAAACAAGGUACCAAAAUGAAAAGGUCAGAGUUGAAAAUAAAAUCUAUGGUUCUACAGAUUGUAUUGGGGAGGGUUGGGACAGGGGGUGAUGACAUCACUGCUGACGACAUCACUGCUGACUAACUCAUGUACAUAGGCUUGGGCUUCCAGCACACAGAUUUUGUACGUUUUGGUCAUUAUUUAUAUCCUUGUAAAUCACAUGGAAUAAACACAACUUGUACAACCAUUAAUCAA